UGGUCGAGUUUUGUGUUGUCAAAGACUUACUGACGAAACACUAUUUAUACGUUUUAUUUCCUUAUUACAGUGAAUUGAGAAGCAUGGUUCUUUCAAGAAUAACUUCGUUUUUAGCCAGUACCAUUGGAGCAGAGGAAAUUGCUAUCCGACUUCUGUUGUCCUUGUUGGCAGGUUAUCCACUUGCUUUCUUCUACAGAUCGAUUUUGCACACACAAAGCGCGACCGUCAAACACAUUUUUUUUACCAUCAGUGGCCUCUUGGUUGGUUACUUUUGCUUUGGCCCUCAGAUUUUAAACCUUCUGGUCAACAUUUCUGUUAUCUAUGUAAUAAUCCAGUUAUCGCCCGGGACUCGGCUGUCUGUUUUCCUCGGAUUUUCUUUUAAUAUGCUCUACCUUCUGAUUGCAUAUUUCUCGGAACUAACCGACGGGUCGGUCUACAAGAUCACAUGGACGAUACCGCACUGCGUUCUCACUCUCAGACUUACCGGGCUCGUGUUUGACCUGUAUGAUGGCCACAAAGAUGAGCGAGAGUUGUCAGCAGACCAGAAGAAGACGGCCAUUAAGCGGGUACCAAGUUUUCUGGAGAUGACUGGACAUUCUAUGUUCUUUGGAGGUUGCCUUGUUGGACCUCAGUUUCCAAUGAGGAUGUAUCUAGAUUUUGUGCACAAGUUUGCUAAAGAACAAGAAGGACCCCCGGAUAGUGUGAAUGCGGGUAUUUCGAGGUUCCUCUAUGGGAUGUUAUACGUCGCUCUAUUCCAAAUUGGAGUUUACUUCAUACCUACAAAUUACAUGCUUUCUGAUGAUUUUAUGGAAUUAGGAUAUCUUAGUCGAUGUGCCUAUGUCCUUAUUUGGGGAAAAGUGUUGAUUACUAAGUACAUUGGUACCUGGUUGUUAGCUGAAGGUAGUAUUAUUAUUACUGGUUUGAGUUACAAUGGAACCGAUGAAAAUGGCAACGCCCUGUGGGACGGGUGUACGAAUGUGAAGUUAAGAAAACUCGAAGAAGCUUCGUCUUUCAGGAAAUUGAUUGAGGCAUUCAACCACAACACGAACAGCUGGAUGUCCAAAUAUAUAUUCAAGCGGCUGCGUUUCCUGGGCAACAAGAACUUGUCUCACUGUUUAACGCUGCUGUUUCUAGCCGUGUGGCACGGCGUCCAUUCCGGAUACUACAUGUGUUUCUUUCUCGAAUUCUUUAUGUCCAGCACAGAGGCUCAGAUUACAUCUAUCAUGGAGCGUGUACCAAGUAUAGCGAGAAUAGUGAACUAUCCUCAUUUACAGUUUCCAGUAUUUAUAGUGUGCAAAGUCUUCACGCAGUAUUCCUGGUCCUACGCUCUCAUCAGCUUUGGACUUCUCAAGUGGAAUAACUGGGUUAAGGUGCACACAUCCUUGUACUUCAAUGGCCACAUCAUCUUCCUGGGCUGGCCUUUAGUUUACUUUUUGCUCAACAAAUACGUCAUACCUAGGAAAUCUGCUGUCAAUGGAAUUCAGGGCACACACAUAUCAGAAAAAGAGACGAAACAAUCAUGAAGAUCGGGUUUAGUCAUACAGUGUUAUUGUUAUUUUAUAUAUAUUCCAUUGAGAGGAUGUGCCUUUUGCACAGUGUUGUAGUGAGUGACAGUGGCACCUCAAUUGAUCGAUUCUCUAUGAUUUUUGCACAUUAUUGCAUUUCUGAUGGAUCACUGACCAGAGAAACAUUUACAAUCAGUAAACAAGACUUAAUUCAUGACAAUAUGUCUGAUGAUCAUUAGAAAACAAAGAUGAGAAAUAUUUAUAAUGUUUUUUCUUUCAUCCCUAGCCUGACCUCAAACCUAUGGCAUUUCCUUAUGUUCCACAAGACUCGUCUGAUCAUCCCAACAGCCAAUGAAAUGGCUAAAAUCUUCCAAAUGAACCCUGGGAAAGAAAGAAGUUACUGUCACAUGACUAGAACAGUAAGCUAAGGGUUCACUGGAAAACGUUAGCCAUUUUUUGAUUGGCUGUUGGGAUGUUCAGACCAGUCUAAUGGAUUAGGCAUAAGUUGGAAGUCAGGUUAAAUAUUCAUGAACAGAAAACGUUUCAAGUGUUUUUUACUCUUUUUUUCUUUUUCUUUGUCUGUAGUAAGGGUAGAACCUUACAUGGCCAAGAGAUUUAUGAACAAUAUUUGUUUAUGAUCAUUGUAUAAAAUUGUCUGUUUUUUGCUACUGUACAUAAUUUCGUUCACCUUUUCUUUCUUUUUUAACAUACUAAAAAAAGUAUAAUAAAAACAUGUCAUGUCUGUCACUAACAGAAAUAAUAUCGUGGGCUGGAAUAAAAAGCAGAUUCCUGUUUUUCAAGCCCGGUAAUCAUUGGUAAAUAAACUGAGAAACAUUC